CGGCAGAUGGGCAGAAAGCCAAGGGGAGCGCCCCGAGCAAGCCCCGGGGCUGCGGCCCGGCGGGGCGCGCAGGGGCAUCUCGGCGCAGCUGCUGCCUUGAAAGGGCUCGGAACGGAGCGCGGGAGCAGGCAGUGCCCGCCGUGCUCCCGCCUCCCGGCAACAGCAACAAACGAGGCAAAAAAAAAGUUUGUUUCUGGCUGCGUUCGGGCCAGACGCGGGAUUUUACACGCUCCGGGCGAAUAACCGGGCUGCGCCGCGGCAGGAAGGGAGCGCGGCCGCUCCCGCCGGCAACGCAGGCAGCCGGGGGACCCUCACGCAGCGACACCCACACAGAGCGCUCUGAGCGCGGCCUCCCACCUGCCGCACCACCCGCCCCGCCGAUCCGCUCCUGCCGCCGGCCGCGGCGGGCUCGCCAGGGCCGCGGCACCCGCAGCCCCUCCCGGAGCCCGUCCCCGCCGCCCAAGGGACGGGCGGCAGCGCGGGCAGGCGGCAGCACCGCCGGCCGCACCCGGACCCCGCACCGCCGCGCAGGCCCGGGGCGGGGGCCGCGCCUCCCGCCGGCCCCGCCGCCCUCGGGAGGACCCGAGCCCAGCUGAGGGCGGUGAGCAGCAGCGCCCUGAGAGGAUCGGAGAGGAGGGGGAGGCGCAGAGGUGAGGCCAGCCCGGGGCAGGGGCCGUGGGUCCCAGCACCUGCCAAGGAGAAGCCAGCACCCCUGGCAGAAGGGGUUCAGAGGGAAGGUGGUGAGGGCACGGACCAGCUCUAACGCACGCACAGCAUCACAGGGAGCGCGUAGGCAACAUUUCAGUACACACGGUUGUGCAGUUGUACGCAAAGUUGGUUUCGUCCAAAGGUACAAAACGAAACACGGCGCGUGAAAGGAAGGAAGCGGCGUCAGCGCUCUGCAGGCAGGAGAUCGGUGGGGAAAGGGGACGUGCGACUUCCGCGACGCUGCGCAGGACUCCGACCAAGCAGGGUUUAAGCCCUGUCCCUGACGUUUUGGGACCCUCCCCUGACAUGGCUGUCCUUUGCAAGUUGAUACUUGGAUAAAAUCGUAGUUGUCAGCAUGAAAGGAAAAACGGCACACUGUGAUUGGAAAUCUGCACCCCAAAAGAAGCCCUCGCCCUGUGAUCGAUAUAAACAUGCUUGCAUUAUUUGCAGAGGAUUUGUUUAUCUCUAUGGAGGGCGGAACACCACCAGUCUUAGGGAUUUUUGGCGAUACAACAUAGUGAGAAAUGAAUGGGAAAUGCUGGAUUGCUCAAGAGAUGGUCCAGAAGAACUGGAAGAACAUUCAAUGGUGGCUUAUAAGGGAACCCUCUGUAUUUUCGGUGGGAUGGUGGAUUCUGCUUUCACACAAGCAAAAAGUCCUCUCUGGAUAUAUGACAUUGAUUCUGCAAGAUGGACAGAGUGCCGUAACGUACCAGCAGAGACUGAGGGCUCAGCACCAACUAACAGAAAAGGUCACAGUGCUGUAGUGUAUGGUUCCAGCAUGUGCAUCUACGGGGGAUACUUCGGCAUCAGAGGCAUUUCACAAGAGUUUUGGACUUUCCAUUUUGAUACAAGAAGAUGGUUGUGUCUUUCCAGCCCACCUCACAGUACUGGCCCAGGACCUCGGCACGGCCAUUCAGCAGUGGUUUAUCGUACUGGCAUGUACCUCUUUGGAGGACUGGUGGGGCUGAGUGAACAGAAGGACUUAUGGAAGUGGGACUUUGUAAGCAGCAGCUGGUCCAACAUCAGGACAAGCCAAGGACCUCCCCCAGUCGUAGGUCAUGCUUCAAUAGUCUUCAAAGACUCUAUGCUGAUUUUUGGUGGAGGGAUUUCAAAUUCCAGUCCUAAUGAUGACCUCUGGAAGUAUCAUUUCCAUACGCAGACGUGGAAGAGGCUAAGUAGUACUACAAAGGCAAACUUUUCUCCUAAAAUGUAUCACUGCGUCUUAGGAAUUGGUGUUGAUUUCCAAACUACCUCAGAUUUCACUAAUACAUUCCCCAGCCAUUGGAAGAGUGAGCAGAAAGAUCGCCACCAGCUGGUGACCAUCCCAAAGCACACUCGCUUUUGCAACUACUUCCGUCAUCAGCCUGCAUACCGGGUGUUCAGCAAUGAGGAAAGCAAUGCGAUCGAAAUGAAAACCUUUAGCUUGCCUCUGGAGCCAGGGGGCUUUUGUGCAUUUCAGACCACUUCAGAGGCAGAACUAGACCCAAACAGAGCAACAGGCAUUUUGUCAAAGGAGAAGUCUCUCCAUCUGUUUGUCUCUUCAGAAAAAGAGACUUUUGCUGCCGCUCAGGUUGUGGGAGACGAGGAGGGACCUGAUUACCAGCACGCGAGCGCAGUGGAUGAAGUUAGCGGUGAUACCAAUGUGCUGCUGCUCGUCGGGGGUAAACCUUUGUCCAGCUUCUCUGAGAUCUCAUUCUGGCAAAUGGAGCUUGAUAGCUUGUGAUUGCUUUGAUUGCAAAGCGAAAGAAUAAAUUUCCACCAACGUGCCAGUAGGUGGUAAACCAGCUGCUUGCAACUGCCUUCAGUUUCCUAUCAGCACGCUGGGAGAAAAAAAAAUAAAUUAAACUUUCUCAUACUUGCUGUGAACAGAUUUUUUACAGCAUGAACAAAACCCGGCAUAUAUUUAAGUCACAACUUGCAUGUAAGUUGCAAUUUCUGAGAGGAGCUUCUUGGAAUGCUGCUCUUUUUGUUCCUUUUUCUUCUGGUCAGUUAAUACCCUUUCAAAUUGCAGCGGCUGAUGCUGCCUUGAAAAUCAGAACUACGAGUAACCCCUACUGGCUCCAUAACUGCCACUUGGGGUGCAAAGCUUGCUCAUUUUGCACUGCCGUAAGAAGUGUGCACCCGUAAAACCGUAUUUAAAUCAAGUUUGUGCACGUUAGGGGCAUAUUUGAGGGAUUUGAUGAAUCUUAAUGGCAACAUUUUCUCAGCUGUUUAAGAAUUUGUUUUCUUCAGAGAGCAUUGUUUGCACAAGCUAUUUGCAAUGUGAUGUGGCCUAUAAAAAGAAGGAACCCAGCAGACAAAUUAGCAAGUGAAAUCGAGAAGAUUAUUAAAGGAUUGCAUCCAACCCUGAAGAAGUGAAACCAUGAGCCCCCCCUGAAAAUCAUACGCAGCAUUAGACCAGAGGAAGCACGUAACACCUGGAAGAACAAAACAGUGGCCCAGUGAAUGCUGGGUGUAACGACUGAGCACAGGAUCAAAAGGUUUUGACUUUCUAUUGGAAAAAAGAGGAAGGCUUGACAGGAGAGAGACAAAACAGAAGCUGUUAUGACUGGUAGUUCAGGUUUUAGUCACAAAAGGGUUUCUGCUUUUCCAUCUCUCUGUUUUGCCAACGUAUGUAGUAUGUGUCAUGCGUUUCCCCUCUAUUCUAGUAAAUCCUGAGUUUUUGUAUGGUUUUUCUUUGUUAAAAACAAAAAGUACUUUUUUUUCAAAGGUAGUAUUGUCCAGUGUUUCAAGCAUUUAUUUCCACAGAAGUUGCUAAGAUACUGGCCUUCUGACUGAACUUCAGCCUUCUGUAAGAAGAGAUGGUGAUGUCUGAAACUAGUGGGAAGUGUUAUUUAAUACUUCUGAAUAUUUCAAAAGAUCGCUUUUCAAAAGUUUCAUAGGAAUAAUGAAUUUUAAGUGAGAGUAUUUACAGAUCCUUCAAUCACCUCUUCACAAGUAGCCAUCACGUGACUUCAAUAAGAAAACUGUAGAUGAGUUUGCAAAAAGCUACUUAAGAGUUAUUUGGACCAUUGUGACUUUUGUUUGGAAACAGAGGGGAUUGCGUGCUGCAAUGUGAAUAAAGUCUGCUGCAUUUCACGUCAGCGUGUGCUCGUUUUCUGAGCUUUCAUGAAUUUAGAAGAUGUAUUUACAUUGUCAAAUGAACAAAGAACUUACCUUUCUGAACGAGGACCGUGCUCCUGCGAGCCCCGGUCAUGUCAUGGUACUUCAGCCAGCCUCGAGGGCUGCCCAGGCUUUCACUUUCCCCUCAAGAACGGGGAACUGCCCAGUUAGAGGAAGGUAUGUUCGGAGAGGACUUCAUACGGCGGCCGGGCUGAGCACAUACAGAGCACUGCAGUCUUACAUCAGCAGCAUGUUUUUCUUUCGCUGGCUGACAUGACUGUUUUGGCAUUAUCCAGAGAGCGCUGCUGUAGCAUACAGGCUUUUAUCUGGGCUUGAUGAGGGAAGGAAAUUUAACUGGAAAGGGCAACAAUAAACCAGUGAUUUUCCAAGUCACACAGAGGCCUCCUGACAGGUACAGGUAUCCUGGGGAUAUGCAAGAGCCCCAGGAAAAUGCCAUCCAGCCUCUGCCAUUCCUUUCUUCCUCCCACCCGAACUCUCUUCCCUUUGGCAGCCCCAUGAAGGGUUUAACAUUUACUUGGAGCCAACGGAGGCAGGACACGAGCCAGCCCAAAGGCGAUGGCUUGGCACGGGGGAGGAAAAAGCAGCUUGCAGAACGUGCCCAUCUCCCCCGUUUCCUCCCCUCGCCUCUGCCGGUGUGCCAAGUCAGGUGGCUGUACCAGUGCCUUUGGCACAACUCCAGCUUCUUCACCCAAGAGAGCCUAACCUCUCAAACCAGGCCGACGCCGCAGGGGCCCGGCUGUUCCCCAGCCCCGUACAGGACACGAGUGAGCAGGAGCGUGAGGAGGGGCUGUGGCUGGAGAGGGGUGGGCUCAGGGCUCGCUUGCAGGAGGCUGAGCCGCAGUUAAGCCCCGAUAAUACCACAGAAGAGGAGGGAGCUCCAGUCCUGGAAGUGGGACCCUCUGCUAGGGCAGACUUGCUGAAGCCACCAGAGGCAAUUUCUCCCCUUACUGACCCAUUCCCAGGGUCUUUAACAAACAAGGGUGAGCUCAAGCUGGAAGGGAAGGGGUUCGAGAUGUGAAGUGACUGCACACCGCAGCCACUCAGUGGCAGGAACAUUCCCCUGCCUGGCACCCCAGUCCCUUCUGGGCAUGUGUAACCCCGUAUUUCAGGUAUCCAAGACUUAGGCACACAGUCCUUGCUGCUCAUACCUCCGCAUUACAUUUCCUGGGCCAUCUUCCCUUUCAAAACUCGCCAGUGCUAUCAACUACACGUCACAGGGUUCUCAGAGCACCUCAAGGGGUUAUGCUCCUGUUUUCCUGGCAUGUUUUUAUCCAAGUUACCUUUUCACAGCCAGAGAAGAGUCUUUGUGGACGUUCUAUUUCACUAACUGCUACAGUUACAGAGAGGAUUAAUCCCAGGCCCAAGUGAGUGACUAAAGGCUGCUGCCAUCUGAAAGCUCUGUGGUGGCCUGCAUGAAAUAACGAAUGGAAUUACUCCAGCUAAUGGCAACUAUUUAGAAACAAAACACCAUUUUUGGCUGAGCACGGACUGAGGGGCUGCCACUGAAGCUAGCUGUUUUAAAAUAUCUCCAAAAAAGAGGGAAGCUUGCAUGUAUUUGAUAUGCCCACAGCCUAAUUCACUCCACAGACAAAAAAGCAAAGGAUGCAGCGUUCUUUUGUAAUCUCACCCGAGACAUGAGAAGCACUGUGGUAUCAUAAAACAUAUAUAAGAGAACAAAUCGAUCAGCCUAUCUCAACAAACUGUCUUUAAUUACCACUUGGUUUCUCAAGACUAAAAUGCAUGAAUAGUAGAGGGACUUUCUUUUAAAACGCAGACAUUUUUAAAAAGGGAUUGGGUUUUUUUUUAAUAAUUAAAAAUCUAAACCCAACGUGUUUCAUUGUUUUGAGUUAUAAAUGGAUUUGAAGAACAAUUCAGUGACCUAGC